AUGAAGUUGGGAAAAGUGGAGUUCUGCCAUUUUUUGCAGAUAAUAGCUCUUUUCCUCUGUCUUUCUGGGAUGAGUCAAACAGAACUCCCAAGAUCCAGAUCAAAGCCCUAUUUCCAAUCUGGGAGAUCGCGAACCAAGCGCAGCUGGGUGUGGAAUCAGUUCUUUGUACUCGAGGAAUAUAUGGGAACUGAUCCUCUCUAUGUAGGAAAGCUUCACUCUGAUGUUGAUAAAGGCGAUGGCUCCAUCAAAUACAUCUUGUCAGGAGAAGGGGCAAGUUCCAUUUUCAUUAUUGAUGAGAACACGGGGGAUAUUCAUGCCACAAAGAGGCUUGAUCGGGAGGAGCAGGCCUACUACACCCUCCGAGCCCAAGCGCUAGAUAGACUGACAAGUAAACCCGUGGAGCCCGAGUCAGAAUUCGUCAUUAAGAUUCAGGAUAUCAAUGACAAUGAACCUAAAUUUCUGGAUGGCCCUUACACAGCUGGAGUACCUGAAAUGUCUCCUGUGGGAACUUCGGUAGUGCAAGUAACAGCUACUGAUGCAGAUGACCCUACAUAUGGCAACAGUGCCAGAGUGGUUUACAGCAUUCUUCAAGGACAGCCUUAUUUUUCUGUGGAACCAAAGACAGGUGUUAUCAAAACUGCACUUCCCAACAUGGACAGAGAAGCAAAAGACCAGUAUCUACUUGUCAUUCAAGCAAAGGAUAUGGUUGGGCAAAAUGGGGGGCUCUCUGGGACCACUUCUGUCACUGUCACCCUUACAGAUGUCAAUGACAACCCUCCACGCUUUCCCCGCAGAUCGUACCAAUAUAAUGUCCCAGAAUCACUACCCGUGGCUUCAGUGGUGGCAAGAUUAAAGGCUGCAGAUGCUGAUGUGGGACCUAACGCUGAAAUGGAAUAUAAGAUCGUAGAUGGUGAUGGCCUGGGAGUUUUUAAAAUUUUAGUAGACAAAGAAACACAAGAAGGAAUAAUUACCAUACAAAAGGAGCUGGAUUACGAAGCCAAAACUAGCUAUACUUUGAGAAUAGAAGCAGCAAAUAAGCAAGUUGACCCUCGCUUUCUGAGCCUUGGGCCAUUCAGUGAUAUGACGACAGUGAAGAUCAUUGUGGAGGAUGUCGAUGAACCACCUAUAUUUACUUCACGUUUGUACACCAUGGUGGUAUCUGAAGCAGCCAAAGUGGGCACCAUCAUUGGAACUGUAGCAGCCCAUGACCCAGAUUCAUCUAACAGUCCUGUCAGGUACUCAAUUGAUCGAAACACAGACCUGGAGAGAUAUUUCAAUAUCGAUGCCAGCAGUGGGGUCAUUACCACAGCGAAGCCAUUGGACAGAGAAACAAAUGCUGUUCAUAACAUCACUGUCUUGGCUAUGGAAAGUCAAAACCCCUCGCAAAUUGGGAGGGGAUACGUGGCCAUCACUAUCCUUGACAUCAAUGACAACGCUCCCGAGUUCGCCAUGGAUUAUGAAACUACAGUCUGUGAAAAUGCAGAACCUGGCCAGGUGAUUCAGCGAAUCAGUGCUGUUGACAAAGACGAUCCACCUAGUGGCCAUCACUUUUCCUUCAGUUUGGCAGGAGAAGCAGCAAAUAACCAUAACUUUACAUUGCAAGAUAAUAAAGACAACACAGCAUCUAUACUAACCAGACGAAAUGGAUUUCGGAGACAGGAUCAAUCGGUUUACUAUUUGCCAGUAUUCAUUGUGGACAGUGGCUCUCCUUCUCUAAGUAGCACCAAUACGCUCACGAUCCGAGUGUGUGAUUGUGAUGCAGAUGGCAAUGCCCAAACAUGCAACGCAGAGGCCUACAUCUUGCCAGCAGGACUUAGCACUGGAGCACUCAUAGCGAUCCUGGCUUGCGUUCUGACAUUGCUAGUGCUUGUCCUGCUGAUUGUUACAAUGAGACGACGGAAAAAAGAGCCCCUCGUUUUUGAUGAAGAGAGAGAUAUCAGGGAAAACAUAGUCAGAUAUGAUGAUGAGGGAGGUGGAGAGGAAGACACGGAGGCAUUUGACAUGGCCGCCUUGAGGAACCUCAACAUCAUCCGAGACACCAAGACCAGGAGGGAUGUGACUCCAGAAAUCCAGUUCCUGAGUAGACCAUCAUUUAAAAGCAUCCCGGAUAAUGUUAUUUUUCGGGAAUUUAUUUGGGAAAGACUAAAAGAGGCUGAUGUGGAUCCGUGUGCACCGCCAUAUGAUUCCCUGCAGACAUACGCAUUUGAGGGAAAUGGUUCAGUGGCUGAGUCACUCAGCUCAUUAGAUUCUAUCAGUUCAAACUCUGAUCAGAAUUAUGAUUACCUCAGUGACUGGGGGCCUCGUUUUAAACGGCUUGCAGACAUGUAUGGAACAGGACCAGAAAAUUUGUAUUCAUAGCCUUUGAACCUUUCUAUGACAAUGCACUAAAGAAAAAGAAAAUUAAAAAAAAAAACAGACUCAAUAUCUGAACUAAGGAAAAUCUGUAAAUAUUUCUU